AAGUCAAGAUGGCGACCGAGGGCGAAUACGAGUCGAUCCUGUGUGUAAAACCUGACGUCAACGUUUACCGAAUCCCGCCGCGGGCAUCGAACCGGGGAGUCAGGGCUGCGGAUUGGAAGCUGGACGCCCCUGAUUGGACAGGCCGCAUGAGAGUGACGGCUCGGGGAAAAGUGGCUUUCAUCAAACUUGAGGACAAGAUCUCUGGGGAGCUGUUUGCACAGGCACCAGUGGACGAGUACCCUGGCAUCGCCAUAGAAACCGUCAGUGACUCCAGUCGUUACUUUGUGCUUCGGAUCCAGGAUGAGAGUGGUCGCAGUGCGUUCAUAGGCAUCGGGUUCGGGGACAGAGGAGACUCGUUUGACUUCAACGUGGCACUGCAGGACCACUUCAAGUGGGUGAAACAGGAGCUUGAGAUCAGUAAGCAGUCUCAGACUCCAGACAACACUCCUAAACUGGACCUGGGUUUCAAAGAAGGACAGACCAUCACUCUCAAUAUCGGGCAAGGCAGAAAGAGAGACAAGUCCCGCCCCCAGAGCGCUGGUGGCUUUGGGCUCCUCCCUCCUCCCCCUGGCGGUGGUGGUGCCAAGAUAGCCCCUCCCCCCAUGUCAAGCUCCUCCAAUGACAACGAAGGUUUAUUCUCAGGGGGAGACUUAUUCUCUGCGGGAAGUGACUCGUUUUCAGGGGGUAGUGACACAUUUUCAGGAGGAAACAACACAUUCUCAGCAGGAAGUGACAUGUUCUCAGGGGGAAGUAACACAGGCUGUUUGUUAGACCUGGACAGCAGUAACUCCAACUCUGUGGUGCAGCCGAACCCCAACCCUGCAGGUGGCUCGGACAUGUGGGGAGACUUCUCUGCCCCAGAAAAGUCAAUGUCUCCUCUCUCCAACGAUGAUGGUUCCACCAACUGGCAGCAGUUCUGAGGUCGUCCCACAAUCCCUUUCACUUGACCUUCACCUGACCUUUAACCCCUGACUAGAGGAGGAUUCCAGCAGAACACUGUUUAUUACCACCUCAACCUCAGUGUACUCUCUCUCUCUCUCUCUCUCUCUUUUUCUCUCUCUCUCUUCCCCCUCUCUUUAUUUUUCUCUCUCUCACCCCUCCCCUACUCUCUUCACCCCUCUCCUGGCUUCCUCUCCUUACCAUCCUCUCCCUCUACAUCUUUCCCUCUCAGCCCCAACUCUACACUCCGUCCCCCUCUGUCCCCCUUUUCUUGCCCUCUCCCUCUGUCUAUCUAUUGCAACAGAGUAUUUAUUUAUUACUGAGGGAAAAGACUGAGGGCAAAUCUCUCUAAAUGGAAGAUGGUACAGAAAGGAAUGAUGGUGACUCACACUAAUAUAGUCUUGAUAAAUAAAUUAAUUAAUUAAUGUAUGUACAUAAUAUAUUAUUGUAAAUGCAUAUAGUGUCAGUAGUUUGUCAUUCCCAUUGUUGUUGUGGUAGUGUUGUAGCUCAUUUUCCUUUAUAAUCUCCAGUACAACUGGAACUAUCACCUGAAAUAACUGAUUUACAGGAUGCAUUAGUAUAUGACCAAGUUUUCUUAUAUCUGAUCCAAGGUCAGUUUAGCUUUUUCCUCUUAAUUGCUAAGGUUAGGCCACGGUGAGUCUGGAGCUGCGCUUUGGAGCCGCUUCUGCUUUGAGUGGACACUGAUCUACUGUAAGUUUACACAGCAGCCAUGCUGUUUGGCGCCCCUUAGUGGACUAUUGCGAUCCUACAACCACAGUUUGACAGGGAGAGUUGUGAGAUGCACAGCAGCAGCUGCUGUGGACAUGAUCACUGCUGGGGAUGGGCACUUGUCUGGGUCACUUGACUGCAUUGUUUUAACAGGAGGCUAGUGUUAGUUGGUCAAUUAACACAGAAAUGGAGGGAAAGAGAGCAAACAAAGUGUGCUGAUUGAGGGAAGGGAAAGAUGGGUGAGGUCUGAAGAGGGAUGGAGGGUGAGGAAGGGGUUAAACCCAUAGGGUGAUAGACAGGCCUGAUUUAGGCCUAGUGAUGUAAUCAACAGUCCCUAGGGGUUUCUGGGUAAUGAUGACUAAUUUAGGUCACGGCUUUUGCCCUGCUGGAUGAGUAGCCCUGUGUGUGUACAUACAACUGUCUGUCUGUCUGUCUGUCUGUCUGUCUGUCUGUCUGUCUGUCUGUCUGUCUGUAUUCUAUACGUUGAACCCUGGAACUAACGUAACUCUGUCAAUUCAGACAGACUAUUCCAUUCCUUGUGAGAUGCAGUGUUUUACUUUACUGUUGUGUUGUUAUUGUGAGAGAAAGGAGGGAUAAAGGGAUAGAGGGAUGGAUGGAGGGAGGGAUAAAGGAUGGAGGGAGGGAUAGAGGGAGGGAUAAAGGAUGGAGGGAGGGAUAAAGGAUGGAGGGAGGGACAGAUGAAUGGAUAGAGGGAGGGAU